AUGGGUUUCAGUUUGACACACACUACUUCCCCCAAUCUUCAACUCCGAUUCCACUCUCUUCUUCCUCCUUCAUUCAAAUCAAAACCGUUUCUCUCUUUGCAUUCUACAUUUCCACCUAAACGUACCGUUCCAAAACUUCGCGCUCAAUCCGAAAAUGGAGCUCUUCUGCAAGCUCCUGAGGAGAAGCUCGAUGCUUCCAAUUACGGAAGACAGUACUUCCCUCUCGCCGCUGUUAUAGGCCAAGAUGCUAUUAAAACUGCUCUUUUACUUGGGGCUACUGACCCUAGGAUCGGAGGGAUUGCUAUAUCAGGAAGACGAGGAACUGCUAAAACAAUAAUGGCGCGUGGAAUGCAUGCAAUUCUUCCGCCUAUCGAAGUAGUACAAGGUUCCAUAGCCAAUGCAGAUCCCUCGUGCCCUGAAGAGUGGGAAGAUGGUCUUUACAAACGCGUGGAAUAUGAUUCUGAUGGAAAUGUUAAAACUCAUAUCAUCAAGUCUCCCUUUGUUCAGAUUCCUCUUGGAGUCACAGAGGACAGACUCAUUGGAUCAGUUGAUGUUGAGGAGUCUGUGAAGACAGGCACGACUGUUUUCCAACCAGGCCUACUCGCUGAAGCUCAUAGAGGUGUUUUAUAUGUUGAUGAAAUUAAUCUUUUGGACGAGGGUAUCAGUAAUUUGCUCCUUAAUGUACUGACUGAAGGAGUAAAUAUUGUUGAAAGAGAGGGAAUCAGCUUUAGGCACCCAUGCAGGCCCCUGCUGAUUGCUACCUAUAACCCUGACGAAGGUUCUGUUCGUGAACAUCUGCUAGACCGCAUUGCAAUUAAUUUGAGUGCAGAUCUUCCAAUGAGUUUUGAAAACCGUGUUGAAGCUGUUGGAAUUGCAACAGAGUUUCAGGAUAACUGUAGCCAAGUAUUUAAAAUGGUCGAUGAGGAUACAGACAAUGCAAAGACACAGAUCAUCUUGGCUAGAGAGUAUCUCAAGGAUGUUACUAUUAGCAAAGAACAAUUGAAGUACCUGGUUAUUGAGGCUUUACGAGGUGGUGUCCAGGGACACAGAGCUGAGCUGUAUGCUGCUCGUGUUGCCAAGUGCUUAGCUGCUCUGGAGGGACGUGAAAAGGUUUAUGUAGAUGACCUUAAAAAAGCCGUAGAAUUGGUCAUUCUUCCCCGGUCAAUCGUUACUGAUACUCCACCCGAGCAACAAAAUCAGCCGCCGCCUCCUCCACCGCCUCCACAAAACCAAGAAUCUAAUGAAGAACAGAAUGAAGAAGAAGAACAAGAAGAAGAAGACGAAGAGGAUGACAAUGAUGAAGAGAAUGAACAACAGCAAGACCAAUUACCUGAAGAAUUUAUCUUUGAUGCUGAAGGGGGUUUGGUGGAUGAGAAACUUCUCUUCUUUGCCCAACAAGCACAGAGACGCCGUGGGAAGGCUGGAAGGGCAAAAAAUGUCAUAUUUUCAGAGGACAGAGGCCGAUACAUCAAGCCAAUGCUUCCAAAGGGUCCUGUAAAGAGAUUAGCAGUUGAUGCAACCCUUAGAGCCGCUGCACCUUAUCAAAAGUUGCGAAGGGAAAAGGACACUGAAAACCGUAGAAAAGUAUAUGUUGAAAAAACUGACAUGAGGGCAAAGAGAAUGGCGCGUAAAGCAGGAGCAUUGGUCAUAUUUGUGGUUGAUGCCAGUGGAAGCAUGGCGUUGAACAGAAUGCAGAAUGCAAAAGGUGCAGCACUUAAGCUUCUGGCAGACAGUUAUACAAGCAGGGAUCAGGUAUCUAUUAUUCCAUUCCGUGGAGAUUCUGCUGAAGUUCUCCUGCCACCUUCUAGAUCAAUUGCAAUGGCAAGGAAACGUCUUGAAAGACUGCCAUGUGGUGGAGGGUCGCCCCUUGCACAUGGUCUUACCACAGCUGUUAGGGUUGGAUUAAAUGCUGAGAAAAGUGGCGAUGUUGGACGUAUAAUGAUUGUUGCAAUCACUGAUGGUCGAGCCAACAUAUCAUUGAAAAGGUCAAAUGACCCUGAAGCUGCUGCUGCCAGUGAUGCUCCUAAACCUACAUCGCAAGAAUUGAAGGAUGAAAUUAUUGAGGUAGCUGCAAAGAUAUAUAAAGCAGGAAUGUCUCUUCUUGUCAUCGACACUGAAAACAAGUUUGUCUCAACGGGUUUUGCUAAAGAGAUUGCUAGAGUUGCUCAAGGGAAGUAUUAUUAUUUACCAAAUGCCUCAGACGCAGUUGUCUCGUUGGCAACAAGGGAAGCUUUAGCAGCUCUGAAGAGUUCAUGA